AUGGAGCUCAGUCAACUUCCUCUUGUACUCUUGCUGAUUUCAAACAUCUACUCUGGACAUACUGAAGAAAAACCAAAAGCCAAAGUGACAAUUAAACCUGCUCAACAUGUAUUCAGAGGAGAGACAGUCACUCUCAGAUGUGACAUAUUUGCUGAAGGAGUCACUAGCUGGAAGUACAGCUGGUAUAAAGAAGAUUCAACCGGUGUUUUCAGUGAACUACAGGAACACACAUUCAGUCCUGUUACUGAGUCUGACGCAGGUAAAUACUUCUGUUACGGAGUAGAGACAGAAAGAUCACGCAGCUUACACAUCAGUGAUGAAGUUACACUGACAGUAUCAGAUUUCUCACCUUCAGUUCCCAGAGCAGUUUUAAGUGUUUCUCCACAGACGUGGUUGACUGAAGGAGAUCCAGUGACUCUGAUCUGAGAGGUUAACGGCUCCUCUACAGGCUGGACAUUCAGCUGGUUCACUGUAACUGUCUCAUCAGGUAAGAUCAAUGAUUGUAAGCUGCUCUCAGACAGCAGCAGAGGAGCUGGAGGAAACUACACGGUCAGUUCUGCUGCUAAACACACAGGAGUUUAUGUGUGCACAGCAGAGAGAGGAAAACCAGUCUAUAACACAACCAUGAGCAACACACAGUUAAUAUGGGUCACUGCCAGUGAUUCUCCUCCAGUCUCUCUGAUCGUCAGUCCCAGCAGAACUCAACACUUCACAUCAGCUUCUUUCUCUCUGAGCUGUGAGGACCAGAGUAACUCUACUGGAUGGAGAGUGAGAAGAUACACAGAGAGAUGGGGGCUGGAAGAUUGUUCAUCAGUGUGGAGAUCACAAACAGGAUCUACCUGUACAAUCAGAACCACCUCCCCAUAUGACACUGGAGUGUACUGGUGUGAGUCUAAAUCUGGAGAGUACUAUCAUCCUGUUAACAUCACUCUACACUUUGGUGUGAUUCUGGAGAAUCCUGUUCAUCCGGUGACCGAAGGAGAUACUCUGACUCUACGCUGUUUAGAUCAAAAUACAACCUCAUUAAACCUCAGAGCUGAUUUCUAUAAAGAUGGGUCACUCAUCCAGAAUCAAACUACAGAGAUGAUCAUCUCUACUGUCUCAAAGCUACAUGAGGGUUUCUACUACUGCAAACACCCAGAGAGAGGGGAGUCACCCAAGAGCUGGAUCUCAGUCACAGUGUCUCAUUCAGGAUCUCCGAUCUCUGUCCUCCACACACUCAGUUCUGUACUGGCAGUUUGUCCAUAUUUGUUAGUGACAGUCGUGAUGAUUUUCAAAUGCUGCAGGAUGAGAGUUGCAUCUGUUGAAGAGCAAGAAACUGCAAUCUGAUCUUAAUCUGUCGUGAUGGUGAGAAAACUU